AUGACUAUUGAAAGUAGAUAUCAAGCAGCAGCAGCAGCAACAACACCCAGUACACCACCACAGUUGCAAGAACAACUACAACUACAAGAACAGCCACCACUUACUAAAAUAUCAUCACAAUCAAAAGCAUCAACACCUUCAGUAUCGACAUCAGCUCUUAAAAAGGCAUCUUCAUUAUUCAAACUAAAUACAAAUUCACAAUCACGAAAUAAAAAGCAUACCAAUAAACAACAACAACAAAGUCAACCUUCACCUACAUCUCCAAAAACAUUAACGAAUAUUACUUCACGACAAUCAACACCAACACCCACACCAACACCUUCAAAUUCCACAUCUCGUCCAAAUUUAAGAAGUUUACUACGAAUUGGUUCAUUUUCCAAUAAUCAACCUCAUAUACAUUCUAAUAAUCCUCAUGUUAAAAACCCUUCUAUAACUGCUCUUGAAGGAGAAAUUGAAGUUAAAAUCGAUGAAGAAGAUAUAGAAGAAGAAGACAACAUUGAAGAAGAGGAUGAUGAAAUUGCUUAUUUAUCUGAUCUGGAAUCUGAUCUUAAUUAUGAUCCUAAAGCUGAAGAAUCUCAUGAAGAUUAUCGAACUGGUGGUUAUCAUCCAGUUUCAAAAGGAGAAAUUUAUUAUUCGAAAAAAUUACCUAAUCGAGAGUAUAUUAUUUUACGUAAAUUAGGUUGGGGACAUUUUUCAACUGUUUGGUUAGCUAAAUCAAGAUAUAAUGGGAAUUUAUCACUAGAAAAAGAAGAAGAAGAUGACGAAGAAGAAGAAGUAGAAGAAUCAUUACUUGAUCUGGUUGAUAUUAAUGAAUAUUAUGUGGCGAUUAAAUUUGUUAAAUCAAAUAAAAAUUAUAUGGAAGCAGCAAGAGAUGAAAUUAAAAUUAUGAAUGUAUUAAAUGAUCCAAUAAAUAAUAAUCAUCAUAUACCAAAGGAAAAUAUUUCAUACUUUAAGAAUGAUAAUAAAUUACAUCCAGGUUAUAAUCAUGUGAUGCAAUUGAAAGAUGAUUUUGAAAUUUCAGGACCUAAUGGAAUUCAUAUUUGUAUGGUGUUUGAAAUUUUGGGUGAAAAUGUUUUAAAUUUGAUUUAUCGUUAUAAAAGAUUAUAUCGUAGUAUUAAUUCUGAAAUUAAACGUAAAGAAAGUGCUGAAGAAAAUAUUUGCUUGCAACAACAACUGCAAAUGAAAUUUAGUAAAUGGGAUACUAAAAAUUGGAAGAAAAGUACUAAAUCAAUGCUUAGUUUAGGACUUCAUAAUAAAAAAGAUACCCAUAAACAUGAUAGUACUAGUAACAACAACAAUAAUGAUACUAAUAACAAUUUCACCAUAAAUCACAAUAACAAUACUAAUACUAAUGGCCAAGCAUCAAUAAAUACAACAGCUAUAUCGACAGCUUCAUCAUCAUCAUUAAAUUCAAAUCCACAUGAAGAUUCUUUUAUUGAAUCAUCAGGUUCAGGUUCAAAUUCUGUUUCAGGUUCAGGUUCAGGCUCAGGUCAAGAUAAUGAAUCAACCACAACGGUAGAUUCAUGGGAAGAUGAUUUAGAUAAAAAAAUCAAAUCAUUAAAUUCUCAAUCAUUAAUAAAAUUAAUUGAAACUUCAAAAACUGUUGGUGGGAUCCCAUUAUAUAUUGUUAAACAAAUUGUCAAACAAAUGUUAUUAGCUAUUGAUUAUAUGCAUCAUUGUGGAAUUAUUCAUACUGAUUUAAAACCAGAAAAUAUUUUAAUUGAUAUUAAAGAUAUAAAUAAAUUGAUUCGAACUAUUGAAGAUGAAAAAUUAUCAAAAUUUAGAGCUAAUAAUAAUAAUAAUUUAUCAAGAAGUAGAAAAGCUUCAUUAUUGAGUAAUUGUUCAAGAACAAGAAGGAGAAGAAGUCUGAGUAAACAAUUGAAUCAACAUUAUCAGCUGCAACAACAACAACAACAACAAAAAUCUAAUUGUUGUUCAUCUUCAUGUCAUAUAAGAACAUUAUCAACAACUUCAAAUAGUUCUCAAUCAUCUUAUUUUUAUAAAAAACUGAAAAAUUCCAUUGUUGGUAAAUAUGAAUCACCAAUUAGAUGUUCAAAACCAUUAAGUUCAUCAAUAUCUUCCGAUUCAAUUUUUAAAGAUGUUAAUUUUAAUGGUAAUGAUUCAAAUAACCAUAGUAAUAGCAAACCAAGGAAAAAAUCUAUUUCUAAAGCUAUAAGUCCAAGAAAUUUUUCAUUCUUUGAUUAUAACAAAAAAGAUCAAGAAAUGAUUGAUGAUAAUAUAGAGGAAGAAGAACAACAACAACGAGAAUGUGAAGGUAAUAUUCGUGGUGGCAUCUCUAUAAAGAUUGCUGAUUUGGGUAAUGCAACAUUUGUUGAUGAACAUUUCACAAAUCAAAUUCAAACUAGACAAUAUCGAUCACCAGAAAUCAUUUUAAAAUAUAAACAUUGGGGAUCACUGACUGAUUUAUGGUCAAUUGGUUGUAUAAUAUUUGAAUUAAUUACUGGGGAUUUUUUAUUUGAUCCUCAUGAUGGUAAAUGUUUUGAUAAAGAUGAAGAUCAUUUAGCUCAAAUUGUUGAAUUAUUAGGUGAUUUCCCCAACGAUGAAUAUUUAUUAGAUUGUAAAUUGACUGGGAAAUUUUUUAAAUUAAAUCCGAAUCCAGACCUUAAAGGAAAUCUGCAAAUUAUGUUUAAAAAUAUUGAUCAAUUGAAAAUUUGGAAAUUAAAAGAUGUUUUAAUUGAAAAAUAUAAAUUUAAUAAAAAUGAUUAUGAAGUUGAUUUAAUUUGUGAUUUGAUUUUAAAAUGUUUAAAAUAUGAUUUAAAUGAAAGAUACGAUGCUAAUUCUUUAUUAAAACAUCCUUGGUUUGAUAGUGAUAACAAUAGCACUAUUAGUCCUGGAUUGGAAGAUAGAUUGAAAAGUUUACCAAAUUGUCAUGAUGAUUUACCGGGUUAUACAUGUGAAUGUAAAAUAUAA